AGACAUCCAUGUGGGGGCAGAUUCGUUGAUUUUUGGCGGAAUCAUAACUGAACGGCUAAACUUGGGCAACGGAAAACUUGGAAGUCACAAAUCCGUGCAGCUUUGAUGGGGCCGCAAAAAAAUCCAAGAAACUGAUAUCAUUACGAAAGUAAGUCAUGUGUGGCACUCCAACCUUUUCGUAGUGCGACGGGAUGAAGACGAAAUGAGAAACCGAAACGCUUCCACGAAAGAAGCACUUGCAAUCCCAUUUAAUAAGUCAUAAUUUACUUCCGUUUGAUCCACUCUUGCACGACAACACGGUCCAUUGAAGGGGAAAAGGAAGAGGACUCUGACAUUAGAUACAUUUCCAACGUAACCUAAAGUCGCUCGGCUUAGCGACUAAGCCGAUUCCGAACGGCAGAUUUGAAACAACAUACAUACGAGACGAGUAGUCGAGUGACUCCUGGCCUGGAAGGUCUAGCAGCAAAGUUUAUGGGAAAAAAUAUCUUACAAAACAUCCGGCACUUCCAUCUUCAAUCAUCAUCGUCAUCGUUUUCGUCCUGCUCUUGAAAGAAAGGUAUCAGACGGCAUUCACGAACGUAUCUCGAUCAGUUUUUGCGUAACAUCGUCAACAGACAGGAUUUGUGUGAGCUGCAGCCUUCCUUUCGAGCUGAGCAACUGUCGUCACCGGUGCAUGAGACUAGAUUUCAUAGAUCGCAAACCAGUUGGAAGGAUUCUGCCCUCCCCACACCCGGUUGAUGGUGUGCGAGAAAUACGAUUACGAAAGACAAAAAAAUCAGUCGAAACACCAAAGUCAUCUUUAUCAGCACUAAGCUUCGUUUUUUUUUUCAAACAUAUGGCAUACACACACAAGGGCGAGCCUUUGAAUUUUUUUCGUGUUCUAGAGUUCCCUGUUAAAAACAACAACAGAACUUUAAAAAAAACCUAAAAGUGGUUCGUCAUUCGACGUUUCUCGUUUGCAUCGAGAGAGAAACCGGUGGCUGUGAUUCCACCCCAAUCACACUCUGUCUGUGCUGUUGUGUGACCUCCUUACCUAAGCCAUCCCCAACUUGACAGAAGAGGGCGGCAGCAACAGCACCAAUAAAAUAUAAACCCCAAAGAAGAGGGAAAAAGUCAAGUCGUAUUUGGCAAGACUCUUCACGCCCCAGCCUCGCCAUUCGUCAAUAGCAAAACGGUGCAGCAUCCAGCAGAAAAGCGGUGCUUUUUUCCGCUCCAAAUGUCGAACAAGCAGAUAAUGAUGCCAUAAUUUAAUCAAGAAGCUCUUCUGCUCCGUGCGAUGCUGCCAGAAUCGGGGACGCAACCUUGCCUUGCCACGACGACUAAGACGACUAGGAAGACGCCAAGCACCGGCACAGGUCGGCAGCAGGAAUUUCCCACCGAAAGACUCCCCACCCUCCGCUCCUUUCGAGGCGAAGCGAGGCGACGCAGGGUGAACGAUAAUAGGAAAAGAUUUUCGAAGAAUCGAAUAGAAAAGUACUCCAACUCCGAAGCACACAGCACACACAGGCCGAGCUGCUUUUUCCUGCUAAGGAGCCACUCUAGGAAAAAUCCGACAGAGCGUCCGCACAUGUGAAUAAGCGGGACGACGACGACGUCGAGAAUCUGUUUCCUCCCAACCACACUUAACGCAAAGCAGACGCACGAAAUAAGUGAAAAAAAAAACGAAACGAGGGUUCUCACCAAACCAAACCGCUUAGAGGCUGACUGUAGGUCUUUUGUACAAAUUGAAUAAAUAUUCCACAUAGAGGCGGAACACGAUCACCAGUAGUAGUAGUAGGAGUGAACUGGAAAAUCCUAACGCUGAAUAGCAAAGCAUCCCCGCCCCUUUACCUUUACCAAGCACCUUCUUUCCGGGGUGCUCCGUAACGACAGCUAGAGCUUAAGUAGGAAUUAUUCCCUCGACCGAUUCAAUUUACCAAAGAGAAAAGUUUCCGGAAAGAGACCCAGGCACAAAUUACCUGAGAGAGAAAGGUCGCCCUUAAAAGCCCACAAACGAGGAAUGGGGGCCUAAAGAAGCCCCUGAUCCGACCCAGCGACCGUCCUUCAUGUAUGGAUUCAACGGUUUCCACGCUGUUGUCAACGUUAAUAGCGUCGUCCGAAGGGCUGCACACAACAAUAACAACAGCCAACACAACGCUGACAUCAACACCCCCACCAGGAGGACAACUCGUCCCAGCAGCAGCAGCAGCAGCAGCCUCACUUGUAGUGGCGGAUCUCGUGAACAGCGUCUCGGUGUCGUCGUCCGGCGGAAGUACGGCCGCAGCAGCAGCGAUUGUCAACGCCACCGCCGCCAGCAAUCUGUUGCAGUUUCUCCAGAACGGUAGCAUCUACACCAGCGUCGCCCUAGCGUCUUCGUUGGCAUCGACGCCCGCCUCACUGCCAGCGCUAGUCCAGCAGCUAGCACCGAUUGCCGUCACAUCGGCGUCGACCUACACAAGCUCUCUACAGGAUCCGGUCGGCGAAGGAACGGUUUCGCCCGCUGCCGGUAGCAAUGUGCUAACCUUCCAGACAAUCAUCAUCAGUGUGAUCCUGCUGGCCGUCAUCAUCGGAACGAUCGUCGGCAAUGUGCUAGUGUGCGUGGCCGUUUGUCUGGUGCGAAAGCUGCGAAGGCCCUGCAACUACCUGUUGGUAUCGCUGGCGAUAUCUGACAUCUGUGUGGCCGUGCUGGUCAUGCCGACGGCUCUCCUUUACGAGGUCCUAGAGGAAUGGAAGUUUGGCCCAGUAUUCUGCGACAUCUGGGUAUCGUUCGAUGUACUCUCCUGCACAGCUUCGAUCCUGAACCUGUGUGCCAUCUCAGUUGACAGGUACUGGGCCAUCACGAAGCCCCUCGAGUACGGCGUUAAGCGAACGCCACGGCGCAUGAUCGCCUGCAUAGUGCUAGUCUGGCUUGCCGCCGCCUGUAUAUCGCUCCCACCACUCUUAAUCUUAGGCAACGAACACAUGACCAACGGCCAGCCGUCCUGCUCGGUUUGCCAAAACUUCUUCUACCAAAUCUACGCAACGUUAGGUUCCUUCUACAUCCCGCUGGCAGUGAUGCUCUUCGUGUACUACCAGAUCUUUCGGGCCGCCCGUCGAAUAGUGAUGGAGGAAAAACGAGCCCAGAAGCGUCUGGAAAGUGCCAUCAAUGGCAACGCCACCCCCGAGAAGAAGCUCGGCCCAGGAGGCACAGUCCUAGUCACAACUCCGCCACACAAAAAACUACGCUUCCAGCUGGCGAAGGAACGCAAAGCUUCCACGACCCUCGGCAUCAUCAUGUCCGCCUUCACCGUUUGCUGGUUGCCGUUCUUCAUCCUCGCCCUGGUGCGACCCUUCCUAGGAGAAGAUCACCGGACGCUUUCGUCGUUGUUUCUGUGGCUCGGGUACGCCAACUCGCUGUUGAACCCGAUCAUCUACGCCACCCUUAAUCGUGACUUCCGGAAGCCCUUCCAGGAGAUCCUGUUCUUCCGGUGCUCCAGCCUGAACCACAUGAUGCGGGAGGACUUCUACCACAGUCAGUACGGUGAUCCAGGAUCGCAGCGUCUGGUCAUCACCAACGAAACUGGAGGCGCCCGCGAAAGCUUCCUAUGAGACCGGGCCGAGUUCGUUGUUCGGUUUUAGUGAUGUACCCCCUUUUUUAGGCAAUUGUUUAUUUUGGGACCGGCGGUAUCCGUUGGCCUAUAAGGUGUUAUUAUUAUAGACUAGUAGUGUUGAUAGCUGUUAGACAGAGUAGGGAUAUCAUUUUGAACACAUUCGAAAUGCGCUUUAGAGAGAUACUUUGUAGUGCCAGAUCGCUUACAGUAUAACAUGAAUAGAAAAUCUUAGAUAUUUUUCGAAUGAUAUUUUCAAAAGUGAACAAUUUCCUUUGAUGUACAUUUUUGGUUUGUGUCAUUUGCUAUAUUUAAAAAAAAGGUUUUUAAAUUCUUCCAGAAGUCAAAGACAAAAGGACAAUAUUUUUCAAAUUUUGACUUAUUUUGUAAAAAUUCUACUGGAGUGGGAAUGACACAGGAUCGAAAAAAAAAAACAAAGAGAUCACAAAGCAUGAGCUAGCUCAAUUAAAGUUAAUAAGGAGUUUCAAAAAAACAAACAAAACCCUAAACGCUACUCUAUCGCUGUUGUUACGAAGCAAACAUUUUUCACCUUCGAUUAUUCUCAAUCGUAUCCAAACUAACGAUAAAAAGAUGAAAAAAAACUGUUAGAUUUUAAGAAACGAACUAUGCACCUAACUCUGGAAACAAAGUGUAACACUGUUUUAACGUAGGAAAUCGAUGUUUGUGAUAUAUGGAACCGUUUUGUUGGAGCGACUCCAGCGGAUUUAUUUGUUCACUGAAAUGUACAAACGAUCGUGUUCGAAAAAAUGUCACUCGGAUCUUGAACUACAUACUAUAUACUCUCCGACCAACCAAUGAUAUAUCAGAAUGACGAAAAUAGUUACACCCAAAAUCGAUAUUUUAUUCACCCUCGAUACCUGCGCAGCACAAAUCAAACAAUCACAGGCUAUGUGAGUGAGUUUUUAACAGGAUAUUUUAAAUCAUAUACUCCACGUUUGAAAGAAAAUAACUAUUUUUAAAAGAGAUAUUGUUUGUCUUUUUCGCUAUUUUUAAAGAAAAUUUUAGAAAAAAAAAACACAAACUAACCAAGCAAAGUCGGUAUUAUCGGAAACGGAACAAAAGUGAUUUAAGCUUUACCUAUAAAUGAAAAUAGAUGAUAUAUUUAAAUUCCACCGUUUUAUAUUUUUGUGUUUACCCUCGUUAGACCCGUUUUGUUGACAAAUUUUUCAGUGAUACUUAAGCUAAAAUUUACUCCCUGAAAACGGCUAUUACGCUCUAUAUAAAUAUGUUGUUGUUGUUGUAGGAAAUAAAAAAAAGUAAGGUGCAAAAAAAUUUCAAGAACGUCGCUGAUACUGGAAGCAAAAACUAAUAAAGAGAAAACGAUACGAAACACUUAUUUGUGCGUGCACCCUUUGAGCCAUCUGUAAGAUAUUAUUUGUACUAGAUUAAGCUGAUUCGAGAACGGGAGCGAUGGAAAGCAUAAGCCGAAAACAGUCAAGCGAUGCAAAAAUCCGG